AUACAAGCUCCUCCGGAAACCAACCAUCUAGAGACAGAUACAAGCUCCUCCGGAAACCAACCAUCUAGAGACAGAUACAAGCUCCUCCGGAAACCAACCAUCUAGAGACAGAUACAAGCUCCUCCGGAAACCAACCAUCUAGAGACAGAUACAAGCUCCUCCGGAAACCAACCAUCUAGAGACAGAUACAAGCUCCUCCGGAAACCAACCAUCUAGAGACAGAUACAAGCUCCUCCGGAAACCAACCAUCUAGAGACAGAUACAAGCUCCUCCGGAAACCAACCAUCUAGAGACAGAUACAAGCUCCUCCGGAAACCAACCAUCUAGAGACAGAUACAAGCCCCUCCGGAAACCAACCAUCUAGAGACAGAUACAAGCUCCUCCGGAAACCAACCAUCUAGAGAAAGAUACAAGCUCCUCCGGAAACCAACCAUCUAGAGACAGAUACAAGCUCCUCCGGAAACCAACCAUCUAGAGACAGAUACAAGCUCCUCCGGAAACCAACCAUCUAGAGACAGAUACAAGCUCCUCCGGAAACCAACCAUCUAGAGACAGAUACAAGCUCCUCCGGAAACCAACCAUCUAGAGACAGAUACAAGCUCCUCCGGAAACCAACCAUCUAGAGACAGAUACAAGCUCCUCCGGAAACCAACCAUCUAGAGACAGAUACAAGCUCCUCCGGAAACCAACCAUCUAGAGACAGAUACAAGCCCCUCCGGAAACCAACCAUCUAGAGACAGAUACAAGCCCCUCCGGAAACCAACCAUCUAGAGACAGAUACAAGCUCCUCCGGAAACCAACCAUCUAGAGACAGAUACAAGCUCCUCCGGAAACCAACCAUCUAGAGACAGAUACAAGCUCCUCCGGAAACCAACCAUCUAGAGACAGAUACAGGUACAUGAUGGGGUCCAGGGAGGCUUCAUCACGGGGAACAGCCAUGGAGGGGGACUGUCUCAGCUGCAUCAAGUACCUCAUGUUCAUCUUCAACUUCCUCAUUUUUUUAGGAGGCUCCUUCCUGCUUGGUGUGGGUGUGUGGGUACUGGUGGACCCUAUGGGCUUCAGGGAGAUGGUAGCAGCCAACCCUCUGCUCUUCACUGGGGUCUACAUCAUCCUGGCCAUGGGGGCGAUGCUCUUCCUCCUCGGCUUCCUGGGCUGCUGCGGAGCCAUCCGGGAGAACAAGAGUCUGCUGCUCUUUUUCUUCAUGUUCAUCCUGGUCAUCUUCCUGGCAGAGUUGGCAGCAGCCAUCUUGGCCUUCAUAUUCCGGGAGCAUCUCACCAGAGAGAAGUUCACCAGAGAUCUGAAGAGACAAUACCAGGGACACAACCACACGGACGUCUUCACCUCCACCUGGAACGCCCUCAUGACCACCGUAAGACUCCCGUCAGGGGCCACGGAUCCAGAGACG